AUGGGGGACACGAAGCGUGCAGCGUGGCGGCGGCGGGAGGGAAGGGGCAGUGCUGGUACCUGCCGGGCAAAUCCUUCUCCAGGGGGUGGGAACCCCCACCCGCCCGGCUCGGCGUGGAGCCGGUGGGAGUUGGCAGCUGUAAUCACUGCCAGCCUCCUCCUGCUCUACAUCCUACUGUACUACGAGGACUUCCAUUUCCAUGUGGCUCAUGUGUACGCUCGCUUGGGGUACCCCAACGCCCAGCACAUCCUGGGACAGAGGUAUUUGCAAGGAGCUGGAGUGGAAAAAGAUGAGGACAUGGCCAUGCACUGGUUCAGGCAGGCUGCAGGACAGGGCCAUCCCCACGCCUCCUUCAACCUGGCAGUGGGGGCACUCAGAAACAUGACCGUGGCACUUGAAGAAGGGGAAGUGGAGAAACUCCUCAGUGUGGCAGCAGCCCACGGGCUCCAAGAAGCUCAGCAACUUUUGGAAAACAUCCUCAAGAGCAGAAAUGUUCCCUGAACGACCACUGCAACACCGAUGCUUGUCCAACCUUGCCUUCUUCUGCACUUAGCAGCCCUGCUUUCUCCUUGCCACGGGUCUGGUCUUUAGGCAUUUGACUCAUUCAUUGGACAUUACAUUUGCUUUGCACUGGAUCUCUACCAUCAGAUCUAUGGCAGUGAUGUGUUGCUGCUCCUUCUCCUUUUGCUUCCCGGCUCACCACUUCUGAAAAGCACCGGAAAGGUGGGGUGGAGGAGACAAAUAGCCUUUGGGGUUACACUGACGAUGGGCAUAUGAACAUUAUUGAAAAAGCACUGCUAGUGUUGCACCAACUGAUCUGAUACUAGUAAGUUAGAUCCAAAUACUGAUCUGAGCUUGAUGUGGUGUUGCUUGUGCGUUUGUCCUGUGUGUAUUUCAUGCUCUGCUUAGGCACUGCGAUAAAUGAUCAUGACUGAGGCUUUAUCACUGUAAAUCAGCAUGACAUGCACGCAUGAUAUCAGUUGUAAUAGAAGUGACAGUGAUUUAACAGAAAAUAUAAAUAAUACCCUCACUUAACAUCUAUCGUUCUUUAUCAAUGUUACCAUUGCCAUGCCAGUUUUGGGGAAAAGUAAUUCAGUUUAAUGGAAACUGCCUUCAUUUUCAGUGUGGUCUUGGUUUAAAACCACAGCAGGAGCAAUUGCAUUUCACAGGAAGUGCACUCACCAAACAAAGAUCCACAGCAUUUUGCUAGCAAUAAAGUUGUUUCCCAGGGC